GUCGACCGCAUCAACAAAGAUGGCUGAACAUGAGGGACAAACGGCAGAGUUGACCAUGGAAUAGAUGCCAACUCUGUGUGAAUCUUUAGUGCAUUAAUGAUACCGACGCUCCCAUAACAUAACAUCAGCCAGGAUGGAUGAAACUGCCAUGGAAAUUCUCUUUGAUGGCAAACAUGGCCUCAGUCUGAAACAAGGUCUCAAUAAGCUGUACAAGGACAAGACUUUGUGUGAUGUGACCUUGACCUCCAGCGAUGGCAUUGACAUUCAAGCUCAUUGGCUGGUUCUGGCAGCACAUUCAGAUUUUCUUCGGCAUCUCGCAGUCAGCAGGAACGUGAUGCAGUUCAUGGUGUCAGACACAGGCAGCUUGAAACUGAACAUUGACUCCGAGAUACUGAAGAUGAUCCUGGACUAUCUGUACACUGGGGAGCUGGUGGUCACCAAGGACAGUCUGCACAAGAUAAAGCAAGCUGCCAAGGUCCUACAGCUGUCCAAAGCUCUUGCCUUGCUGGAGCGGUCUCACUUGUCCUGCUUGGGUGAUCAGAGUUAUGAAGCCGAGUCCGAAAUACUGCAACCAACUGAAUUACCUCUGUCUCCUGUCCUUGAACUACAACAGCUCCCAAGUCAACAAGACCAGGGGUUUGCUGUUGUAGGGACUUUAACACAGUCACCUGCAUCAUAUAGUCGAGUGCAGUCCAUGCAGGCACCGUUUGUCCAAGUGCCAUCCACUGCAUCACCCAUGGCAUCUUCCCAGGGCCAUCUCCAAGGCCAACAACAUGACACUGAUUGCCAUAGAUUGGAACAAGCUGCACCAAGUUUUCAGGAGGAAGCAUCUUUACAACCUACCAUUGUGUCUGUGGAAUCUCUGAAUGGUCAUCAAACAGCAUUUAGUCCUCCUUCAUUUUGUAAUGCAUAUCUACACCAAAGACCUCACACCAAGGACAGUUCUCAUGAACAGCCCAGUGUCAGCAGUGGGAAGGAUGGAGAAGUGUACAGCCAACAGGAAGGUAAGCUGAAAAAUACUUCAAUGGAAGUGUCUCCUAGCAGGGAACUCUUCAUGACAAAUGGCCAGGGCGAUGAUCUGUAUGGCAACACUAAUCAAGGGGUACAUUCCACAGAUCUUGCAACUUCUCCCAAAGAACAGGAUGCUUUUUCUGAGCCUUCAUGUGUUUCUCCUGAACAUGAGGAUCUUGACUCCAGUGAACCAGGUAGAAGGAGAAGUGAACCCAUUAGGCCGUACUUGGAUGAGGAUAUGAAUGCAGGUGGGAGAAGUCAAGGUAGACCUUUGAAAUCAUGCUUCUCCUUCAGAUCUGUUGGGAAAGACCGAAGUGCAGUUCUCAGAAGAAGAGGUAGGCCACAAAAAGUAGUUAAAGGAUUAGGAUUAGACAUUCUCAAACGACAGUGUCCCAAAUCUCAAUGUCCCUCUGUGAAAUAUGUGAAUCUUUGCACAAAAAAAAAGGUGUCCAAAAUUCCUGCGAUAGAAAAACAGAUGAAUCACGAUGAAUCAUCUGCUUCUGUAGUGUUAGAAGUUGUGUCAACUAAUAUGUUCCCAGAAGAAGGAUUAUUGAAUGAACAGCCAGAAGGGGAAUCAUCACAGUCAAGGGUAAAAUAUACAUCAGAAGAUUUGACAGCACAAAAUGGUUCUUCAUAUUUAAAUGGGUCAUCCAGUACUUCAGGAGAUUGUGAAGUAGACCUAGGACUUGUGAAGACUGAACAACCUGAUGCCGAGUCAGGUGACCUGGAUUAUGUCAUAUAUGAGAAUGCUGACACCUCUGAUACUGACUCCUGUGGACGCUCCUUCAAUAGAGUUGAUGAUACAUCACUCACUCAGGGUCAGCCUUACACUGGUCAAAUCAAUGGCACCAGACACAGGAGAGGGAAGAAAAGAAAAGGCAAAGUUAGAAAUUGUAGAGUCAGAAACAACAUCACCUCAAAACUUCAAAUACAUUCAUCAAGUGGAUCAAAGUCAUACCACAAACUCAGAAGUGCAUUAAAGAGUAAGUAUUUACUUUCUCAUUAUGUCCACAACAUGUGUAUUUGGAAGACAGAAAUGUCACCAUUUCAGUGCAAGGUGUGCAAGGGAACGUUUAAGCACCUAAGUUACUUGAAGUAUCACUGUUUGUCAAAACACUUAACAGUCAAAAGACAGAAAGUAAAACCUCAAAUAAGAGCUUUAACACAAAGUCUACCCUCCAUCCAAGCAGCUCUGAUGGAAGACAGCUCUGUUCCAGCCCCACACCCACCAGGAAGUUCAUGGACUCUAAGGACAAGUGGAAAACCAUGGACAAAGGGCACUUCACAGACAGCCGGAAGUGAUGGGAAGUUCAAAAGGACCAGGAGAAGGAAAGCUUGGAAGUUUGUUCUACCGACAAUCAAUAAAGGUUCUGGCAAGGAGGGUGAGCGGAGAAUUUCAAGAAGGAUGUCUACGAAACUGGAUCACACUACUAACAACUCACUCUUGCAAGAUGAAGAUAGACACCAACAGAAUGUAGUUUUUGAUAACAAUAUCCCAUCCACUUCAGGGGACAACACCAGUUUCACAGUGUCAGAUGAAAGUGAAAAGUCACUUUUGAUAGGAGGAAAAUCCAUGAAAAAGGGAAAGUACAAUUCUGCAAGGUAUCACUGCGAUAACUGUGCUAAACCAUUCCAUUUCAAAAGUAACAUGCUUCGCCAUUUGAAGUUUUGCAAUAGGCCAAAGGUCAAGGACAAAAAGAUAUCACAGGGAAAGGUCAUCGGCAGGCCUAAAAAGAUCCCAUCCAGUUCAGUGGUAGCAGACGUGAAGAAAUCACCGAAUGGACGGGCAACCAACUUACAGAUGAUUGUGAAAUAUAUCAAUGGAACAACUUGCACAUUGUGUAACAAAACAUUUUCUCGUGCUGAUACCACAAGAAUGCAUAUUCGUGCAGUCCACUUUCAGCAGAAAAGGUUCACCUGUGUGUGCAAUGAGGUGUUCAGCUGGAGUGCAGCUUUGUCUGUUCAUAAGAAAACAUGUAGCUCUUUUAUCAGUCAGUAACUGGAUGAAAAGGCAAUGUUUCUUCCACAUGAACUGCCCCAUGGCCACUCUUCUGUGUUUUAACCAUAAGUCAUUAUCCGAAGAGUUCAGUUAUUUUUGGGAGUUGCAUUAUUUUUAUAAACAUAAAUAUUUAAAGAUCAAUGUUAAUAUUUAAAAAAAAAUUGUUUUGAUCCCAGUAAUUAAAUAAGUGUCUCAAGCCAUUGCCUUUGAUAUGUUGUCAACCAAAAUGAUACUUUACUGUAUGACGUGGCCUCUUUUUAGGUAAAAUGAGAGAAAUAUUGAAUGGGAUUACAUGUAAAAUAAACUCAAUUUAGAACAUCCUUAAAACUCUGGCAGUGCAGUAAAGUUUAUGUAUUGUUUAUUCUUGUUAUCAUAUAUAUACACAGCGAUAGAAAUUCGCUCUAGCCCUAUAGUCCUUGCCAUACGGCUCAAUAGUUAUAGUAUAUCAUAAGGACUAGUGGAAAUUUGCACUUUUUAAGGGUUUUCUUAUGUUUUCAUUAUAAGGACUCAUGGACGAAGACUGUUAGUUUCUAUCGCUGAAACAGCUAGUCACAGACAUUUCUGAACGAUAUGAAAAUUGUGUUUUAUAUUGUCAUAAGGGCUGGGACGAUACACCAACUGUAUGAUCUGAUACGUAUCACGAUAUCUUGCUCACGAUCUGAUACUUGCAUGUGCUCUUAUCUGGUAUGUAGGCCUUCUUUUUCAAAGACAGAAUGGCAAAGUACUUUGCACACUGAGACUGUUUUAGUGGUCUAGUGGUAGAGCGUCUUCCCAGAGCGAAUGGUUGGGGGUUCGAUCCCAGGCUGCAUCAUACCGAUAGAUGUAAAAAAGAUGGUACUUGUUGUUACCCUGCCUGAGCAUUAAAAGGACUGGUUGGCUUGGAGUCCGUAUACUGUGUCUGAGUGGGGUAUUCAUGUUAAACUGCGACAUGGUAACUCAGUUGCCUAGCACUUUAUAUCCAGCAUUAGUCCUGGCUAGUACAAGCAGCCACACCCACACCUGCAUGUAUGUCGCUAACUAAGUGCAAUAAUCUUGCAUGCAACAUUAAAACCCCAUUUCACUUCACCUUCACCUCACCUGGCACAAUGAUGAUUUACAGUUGACAGUGUCUAGUAUGUUGUAAUGGAUUUAAAUAUUUACAUUUUCACUACUAAUUAGUGUUUCCUGUAACCGUUAUUAAAGCAAACAUGUAAGGUAAGAAUCGAUAUAAUUUAUUUAGUCUGCGACUAAUUGAUACUUAUAUCAAGAAGUAAAAAAUCGCAAUCCAUCAGUGUAUCAUCCCACUACUAAUUUGUCAAUGUGGGACACUAUGACAGAUGCUUUAAGAAAAUUUUAGAAUAAUAUUCACCUUCACUUUGAGGAAGUAUUUCAUUUCCUGUAGAUUUCGUACAUGACUGAGAUUGAAUCAUCUUGAACCCAAAAUGAUAACUUAAACAGGAAGUGUAUGUGAACAUUCUACUUUUCCUCUGUAUUUAUCAUCACCAUAAGCUGGUUCAUUUACAGACUUGCAGAAGAAGUUUUCAGGGUUAGUGGUUCAUAAAGGUGAGCUUCAGUAGUUAGUGCUAGUACUAUUAUCAUGCUGAUUUACAAUUCAUUCUCAUUCAGUGGGGAUGGGCAACAUCACUGCCAAUAAUAAAAUGUUUUCAAUAAUCAUGACAUAUUUUUAUACAUCAUGUAGAUAGCUUAUUAUGAACAUAUGCAAUCUUUUUACCUUUAAAUCAGGUAUCCCAUAUUUCUGAAUGAAACUGACAUUUGGUACAUACAUGCUCCAAGCCUCAUUGCUAGAUGAUAUUGGCAGCUACAGGACGAUACUUCAAACACUGCUGAUAAUAUUGCACAUUGAACUGACAAUCUAUUUCUCGAGUAUAUAUAUUAAAUAUCAAAGUGUUAUGGUGUAAUAUUGUCUUUCUGUAUUGGUGUCUUAUUUUUAUUCUUCUACAUUGAUGCUGUGCAUUAUUAUGUGAAUAAACAUAAACGUGUUAUUUAAUCAUAUUUUAGAAAUCAAAUUUUAUGAAUUGUUUAAAAAUUGUUUUUAAGAACCACAGGGCACAGGGCUUAAACUUGGUAUGAAUGUAAUGACUACAAGAAAAUAUAAUUUUGCAGAAGGCAUGACUUUUAGUACUCCAACUUGUUGUUUCAAAAAUACUUUUUGUUUCUUUUCUUUUUUAGAAUCUUUUGCACCGGUUUUACUUUUACUAUGUUUAUUUAUACUAAAAUAAGGUUGAAGUGACUUUGUGAGUUGAGCUCACCUGACUGAAGUCUGACUUGGAAUUUGUUACAAUGUACUCGUUAAAUCUUUUAAUGUCAUCAUCGAAGCAGUCAGGGUUGCGGCCUAGAACGCCCCAAACAUUUGAUAUCAAACUACCGUAUUUCCUCUAUUUGACACUACGCCGUCUAUUAAGUUCAUGAGAGCCCUUGACUCGGCGUGUAUUAGAGACCUGGCUGGUAUUAGAGACCCAGCGUGUAUUAGAGGAAAUAAAGAUCCGUUUUACAGUUUAUAUGGGGGUGAUUGAUCGGCAGCCAUUUUUUAUGAAUCGAUAUGUAGGCUUUCUAUGUAUUUAUGCGCACUUUUUUUGUGAAAAGGCUUAAUAUUUUUUAAAGGGGUUUCCGUAGCAAAAAGGAAACCUCUUUUAAACAAUCAGAAUCAAGCAUUCAUCAAUGUCAUGGUAGAACAUGUUUUUGUAUCCAAUCAAAGUGCAUGUUUGGUUCUGUAAGCUGUAACUUUUUGUUUUGAAAUUGAGGAACUGAAAUGGAGCAUGUGUGUUUCUCCUCAUGAUAUCAUAAGAUUUCAGUGUUACUGUUUAGUUCCCAGUAUUUAUGUAUUAUAUUUUUACUCAUAUACAUUGAUGCUGUGCACUUAUUGUGAAAACACAUCAAUGUUAUGUACCAUGUUAACAUGAUCUUUUGCAAUAGAUAUACCAUGCUGUAAUUUGUAAGUCUUUGAAUGAAUCAUUGAAUGUUUGUAUAUAAGCAUGCUUUCAUUCAAUAAUGGUAACAGUGCCAUAGUUGCUUUGUUUUGUCAUAGCAGAAUUUGGAUUAAAAGAAUAUAUUCAUUGA